AUUGUCAUUUCCAGAAAAAUCUGCAAAGUAAAUUGCAAGGACACAGUUUGGCUAAAGUGCCUACUAUUUUGGGUGGAAAUCUAAGCUGGGUGGAGUGUUCAAUAAACGUGCCAGUGAAAUGAAGCCAGUUUGAUAUGAGGCAAUUGAAUGAGAAAUCAGCAAGUAGGAGAUGAAGUUAAAGGUGACUGACUGUUGCAAGUCCCUGGAGAAAACCGGCAGUGAAAGUGGUAAGGCCAUGUAAAUAAACCCGGUGAUGAGAGUAAAGUCGGGGAUGUACUGGACACAUGCUGAACAGACUGCAGAAGGAGAGGUCAGGAUGAACACGUGAAAGCCAGCUAAAGGGCAGGAGGAGGAAGAAACUGGAAAAACUCAGGACUCAAAUGUGCAUCUUACUCUUUCAACUCUUAAGGCGGGUGGAAAAUGGGAGGGAAGUGAGAAGGCACUGACUCACAGUAAGCAAUUCUACGCUGAUAGAAAAAUGUAAAUCCUCUGGAGAAAUAUCUUGGUAUCAUUCUUCAAAAAUGCAGGGGACAUUCAGCAACUUUCAGAGAGAGAUUUUACACAAGUGGCUUUUAGAGGUGUUUAUGGCUCACCCUGUAGAAAUGGGACCAGGAUGUUUUCCUCCUCCAGUUUACAAGGAUGUCACUACAUAUGCUUUUCUGUAAAAUUAAAGGUAAGAUGCGAUGAUGGAGCAUCUCACAGUAUCAUCACCAAACCGGAAUGUGGAGCCCAGGGGGAAUUUUACUUCUGCCUGUCCAGUAUCUCUAUGCAAAUAAAUCGCCUUUCAGAAAUUGCUUUGUAAUACGAUCAUAUUUACUUUGUACUAGAUUAUAUGUUCUUGGAUAGUCUUGCCUUUGCAAUUCAAAUAGCAGGUUAUUGAAAAGAAGAGUUUUAUGGUGGCUGCUACUUGGUGCGAGCAAUAAAUCUGGAGGACAUGGAAAUAAAAGUAAUUCACAGGAAAAGGUACCCAUUCCUGUAGGGCUUUUGCCUCCAAACUGGUGAACAGGGCCAACAGCUGGGAAAGGUGUUAUGUUUUGAUUUUGUGUUUUUGCUCCUCCUCUUCCUCAUUCCAGUAUUAGCACUUAGAAGUCUGCUUUCUUGGUGCAAGUUAAUAAUAGCACCCGUGGGCCAGGAACCCACAGAGAAGUGUUGCCUAGUUGGCUGCUAGGGAGCAGUGCGGUGUUCCAAGUGGAUCCAUCAGCCAUGCGGGUCUUUUAAGCUAAGAUAAUUUUUUGGAACUGCAGAAAUGGUCGGUCCUAGCUACAAAUGGGAAUUUGGAGUUGCUCUGAUGUACAUCCUGGAAUAAUUGUGUUUGACUGGAACUGAAUCUUAUGAAGUCUCCAAGGAUGGGGGUCUGUGCAAAGUCGGUGCUGCUGUCACACUGGUUCCUGCUGGCCUACGCAUUCGUGGUGUGCGGUAGGCUGAUGUCCGCCUCGAGCCAGCACCUCCGGGGACACUCAGGUCACCACCAAAUCAAGCAGGGGACCUGCGAGGUGGUUGCUGUGCACAGGUGCUGUAACAAGAACCGCAUCGAAGAGCGAUCGCAGACGGUUAAGUGUUCCUGCUUCCCAGGGCAGGUGGCUGGCACGACUCGCGCUCAGCCUUCUUGUGUUGAAGCCUCCAUUGUGCUGCAGAAGUGGUGGUGCCACAUGCACCCUUGUCUGGAAGGAGAGGACUGUAAGGUGCUGCCUGAUGACUCAGGGUGGUCCUGUAGCAGUGGAAACAAAGUCAAAACCACCAAGGUAACUCGGUAGCAAAAAGAUGUGCCUCGGUCCCGUAGGAGUGACAGGAUGCAGAGCUCCCUUGUUGGAAUUACCUGGCGCCUCUGGGGGAAGGUAUCUCGGAUUUCAGCAACACCAGUUUGCAUAAGUGUGCCGCGAGGAAUGGCACUCACUGAACUGGCCCGCCCUCCCUGCAUCACAGCCCCUGGCUCCCAAGGACCACCCCAGAGACUUCAGAAUGGAUCCCCACCCGGGCGUCAGUUUCCGGCUGCCUCUACAACGGAAUGUGGGCAUGUAUUUCAGAGGAUCCUCGUCUGUUCCUCGUUUCCUUUACCCUUGGCAUUAAAGCGGCUCGCAAGGAGUCUAAGUAACCAAACCUUUUGGCAAAACAUAUUUGCAGCUAUAGAUUAAGGAACUCUGAUUAACUGGUGAAGAAAAUGUAUUUUAUAAAAGUUGAAGGAUAGAAGGACUCAUUAGGGUUACUGUGUGUGUGCACUUGUGUUUUUGCUUUUGAUGAUUUAAUUGGUGCAUCUUGAGUUCCAUUGUCAGGCUGGCAGAAAUGAAAUGGGGGCCCUAGGACUUCAGCACCCUGUUUCACCGAGGGCUAAGGAAGCGCAUGAGCUCCCAUAUUUUAUAACCAAAGCUCCAUCAUGACAUAUUCACAGAAGGAAUAAAGCCUGUGGGGAUUUUUAUGGCUUAUGUAUAGUCAGAUGUAAAUCAUUUAAAAUAUAAAACAGUCCAUGUUUAGACCAAGGAUGAUUUCUUAGAUCCAGUUUAUGUCAAUUAUAUUAAAAUAUUUUGUUGACUCCUAGACAGGAAGGAGUCUUGAAUGCUGAAUUUUUAGACUGUAAAUUAUUUAUUCUGAACUUAGCUCUUGACCAACCUAUUUUGUUAGUCAUUUUAUUUCUUUGAAUUUUGAGUAAAGUCUGAUUUUUUUCUUGGUUUACUGAUUUUUGGAGCAGAUGUGUCUCUGCAUAUUCUCAGAUGCUGUCAGGCAGAAAACUACUACAGAUGAAAGCAACUGACCCAGAUUUUAAAUGCAUAAUGUUAUUGGAACACACACUACUGUAACAAUGUGGGGUAGAUUUUAUAUGUUAAGAAAUGCCAAAAGCAUACUUUCUUCAUUGCUAAUUAUCCCUUUUCUUUAAAAUUAUAGGAAAAAUAUUACUAUAAUGUUUAUAGUAGUAACAAUUAUAUCUAUUUGAUUUUAUUCUUGGAAACGGAAUGGAAACAAGUGAUACUCAUUUGUUUGCUGAAUUUGACUAAAUGCUUACCACAAUUGUUACUGUCAUAUUAGCAAGUAAAAAAUUCAUUCUUGA